AUGAAAGAAGUCGUCGCAACAGCCAAACGGCUAGAGUUCAAAAUGAGUGGGGAGAGUAUUUUUGGCCUUUACGCUAAAAGCGCCACGGAGCAGAAGCUGCUCAGUAAAAGCGAGUCGCCGUACACUGGCGUGUAUGACAAGCACAUGACUGAGCCAGAAAAGCCGAGCUACUCUACCUUCUUCGAAAAAGGAAAGGAGUACGACGGCACCAAUGUGCGUUUUUUCAAGCAGCGGGAGGCUGUCAUUGGAAAAAAUGUGAGGGACUCCGUCGACCCCCAAAACUACCUGAAAAAGGGAGAUGGCGUCCGCUACAUCGUACCCGGAGCACAUGAGGAAAAAGUGUACCGCAAGCCGCCUGUGGACAACUCGACCCCGUUCAGCCAAGGCGGGCGAAGUGGUGAUGGAGAGAGCCCGUCGGCGGGGGUGCAGUACGAUGCCGACGGUAAUCCGAUUUCCAAUGGAAAUGGCUCUCUUGGUGCUGGGCGCAGCGGGGCGGACCGCAGCAACGCGCAAGGAAGCGCAAACGACGGAGCUGCUCAUGGCUAUGGCAGUGGGGACUACAGAGCAGAUGGCCGAGGCGGUGACGCCUUUUCACGGGAUGCGACAAAGAAUUUCGUCGCGUCGAACAUUGUGGAGAUUAGCAACAUGGUGCCGAAGCGACGAAAGAUGCAAGCACCACUUCCAACCAGCCGUAAGAGUUUUGGUGAGACGCCAGCGUACAUGUCGCGUGUCAAAAGAGAAAUCGCUGAGGAAAAAGCUUUCGUAGAGACACUACAGGAGGCGAAGGCUCAGCGCCAGCAGCAAGCUCAGGCCAAGUACAUUUAUCUUCUCCCUCGGGAAGAGCACGAUAAGCUGGUGCAAAGCAUGCGAAGGCGGAACGAUGAGUGUAUAUGUGAACUGCAGAGGAUGCCCUUCUCAAAGGAUACGGCCGGAAUGCGAAAGCGUAAGGGGGAGCUGGAGAAGACAGUCGCAGAUAUUGAGGUAGCGCUAAAGAAGCUCGACAGGGAUGCCCUGUUCAUCUACAAAGAUGAUCCUGUAAACGGACAAUGGUGCAAGGAGGCCGCCCUGAAAGAGGCACAAAAGUAUGCUGCGCAUUCGCACUGA